GCCCCCUCCGCUGCCCCCCCCCCCCGCGCUCGGCGGGGGCGGCAGCCGCGGGAUCCGCCCCCGGGGCCUCCCACGCGCGGCGCAGCCGGGGCCGCUGCUAUUUCACGGUCCCGCCCGUGUGGGCGGCGCGCAGAGCGGCGCGGCGCGGCGGAGGGAGAGCGCCCGGCCCGGCCGCGGGACCCCCCGAGCCCCGGCACCCCCCCGGACCCCCGGCUAGAGCCGGCCCCGGAGCCCCCCCCGCCCCUCCCCGGCCGCCCGGCGGGGCGGGCGGAGCGGACGGAGGCGGUUCCAGGCGGCGGCUCGUCAUGGCCCUGCCCCGCACGCUGGGGGAGCUGCAGCUGUACCGGGUGCUGCAGCGAGCCAACCUGCUGGGCUACUACGAGACCUUCAUCCAGCAAGGGGGGGACGACGUGCAGCAGCUCUGCGAGGCAGGCGAGGAGGAGUUCCUGGAGAUCAUGGCGCUGGUGGGCAUGGCCACCAAGCCCCUCCACGUCCGCCGCCUCCAGAAGGCCCUGCGCGAGUGGGCCUCCAACCCGGGGCUCUUCAGCCAGCCCGUCUCGGCUGUCCCGGUCAGCAGCAUCCCGCUCUUCAAGCUCUCUGAGGCCGGCGGGCGCAAGGCGCUCAGCAACGGGCACGCCAGCCCCGGCGAGGCCGCGGGCAAGGGAGGGGGCAGCGCCGGGACGCCCCCAGCCCGCAGCCCCACGGAGCCAGGGGAGAAGCUGUCACCGUCAGCGGCUCCACCGUGGCCGGGAAGGAGCACCCCCGAGUCGGAGGGUGGCGGGGACGAGGAGCCGGGGGGUCCCCCCUUCUCCCCGGGCGGGAGCAGCGGAGAGCAGGCGGUGGGCACGGAGCUGGAGCCGGAGUUGGCACGGACGGUGGUGGAGAGCGUGGAACGGCUGCUGCAGAGCUGCCCGCGGGGCGGCGAGGCCGAGCUGCGGGCGCUGAUGAAGCUCAACAAGAAGCUGGCCAAGGCCGUGGGGCACAUCUUCCAGCUGGAGGAUGGUGACCGGCAGAAGGAGGAGGAGAUCCGCCGGCACAGCGCGAUCUACGGCCGCGGCGAGGCCCGGCGCCGCGAGGGCAAGCAGCUCACCCUGCACGAGCUCAUCAUCAAUGAGGCGGCGGCCCAGUUCUGCCUGCGGGACAACUCGCUGCUGCUGCGGCGCGUCGAGCUCUUCUCGCUGUCACGACAGGUGGCACGGGAGAGCACCUACCUGUCCUCGCUCAAGGUCGCCAGGGCCCAUCCCGAGGACAGCGGUGCCGUCGUGGCCAAGCGGCUCAAGCAGGAGGCGGGAGAGCAGAGCCGCCCUGAGCUCCUGGCACUGCCGGUGGGGCUGGAGCCCCCCGGGGCCGGGUACCGAGCCAGCUUGGAGGAGGACACGGGCAGCCUCUCCGGGGAGAGCCUCGACGGCCACUUGCAAGCGGCGGGGGCCUGUCCCCGGCUGACCCCUCCGCCCGGUGCGGCCCCGGACGUGCCCCUCGGCCUCGCACCCCACGGGCUCUGGAGCCGCCACAUCCUCCAGCAGACGCUGAUGGACGAGGGGCUGCGCCUGGCCCGGCUGGUCUCGCACGACCGCGUGGGGCGGCUCAGCCCCUGCCUGCCGGGGAAGCCCCCGGGACCAGAGUUCGAGGACGGGCUGGCAGAACGGGGUCCUCCGGCCCCCCCAGACCCCCCUCGGGGCACCAUCAAGGUGGAGCAGGAGACCAGCAGGCAGUGAGGCCCCUGUAGCCCCCCCGCCACCAUUAACGAAGCAAUAACGUGCUGGGGGACGGGUGCGGCGGCGCUCCGGGCCCGGAGAGCUUGGGGGUGGGGGGGGGGUCUCAGCCACAGCCCCCCCGGCCCCCUCCCGUCCCACACCGACGCUCUGGUUACCUCAGCCGCGGCGGGAUGCGACUCCCCGCAGCAGCAAUACCCUCAUCCCGCCCCAGGGCUGGGGAGCCCUCGAUGGACUGGAGCUCCCUGUACAGCCCCCCCCCUCCCCGUGCUGACCGUCCCCCCCCCCCCACCCCACCCACCCCCCGGCCCCAUCACCGCGCGGGGACAGACGCGUCGCUCUGUGCGCUCCCGCGUCAGCGCUGCCGCCCACGCCGGGCACACGGUCCCCCCUCCACCCCCCCCCCCCCUCCACCCGCAGCGCCCACGCACCAGCCGCCAGCCCCCUCCCCGCAGCACGUGCCAGCUCACUGUGCACACCCCCCCCC